UUAGUCCUUCGACUUCCCCUCGUUCACCAGCGCCGGGCGAUCAGGUCACAACCCAACCGCUUCUCCCACUCGUUCGCUCCAGGCUCGGGCAACCCAAAGCCACACCACACCACGAUGGCCGAACCAGCGAGCAAAACCACGCUGCCACGUCCGACAUCAUUGCCAACUCCUUCCACUCCUCAUGCACCGUCUCCUUCAACGCCGACCGGGAUGAAGCCACGACUCGGUCCACGAAGGCAGUCCCGAUUUACCGAAGACAUGACGGAACAAACCCCGGUCGCCUCCGUCUCAGAGCGAUCUAUAGAUUAUUACUGGUAUGGGCACUCGGCGGAGGACGUACAUACCCAUACCACUGCCGACAAUACCGACAACCACCUCGUUCCGAACCAGGAGCCUGCACGGACGGAUGUGGGCGAUCGCGAUCGGAAGGCUCAGGCGCAGCUGGCGCGCUUGGUGAACAGCGCCGUGCAUGCCGUUCCAUGCGUCGUCUUGUUGGUGCUACUGGGGUAUGCCAUGCGUGUGUUGCGUGAGGAUAUCGGGGAUCACACGGGCGUGCAAGCCAUUCUCCUCAUUUGUUUUCUCUUUGCCGACAUUGUGCUCGACGUCGUGACGCUCUUGCGGGCGCAAAAGCCUUGGUCAAAGCUGGGCUUGGGCCUGCGGUUCGCUUGCGGGAUUGCUUAUAUCACCGUCUUCCUAAUCUACGUUGGGCUGGGCCGACCGUUUCCGAGCGGUCACACGUACUGGGGCAUGUCUAGCAGCUCAGCGGCGCUGCUAGUGUAUGUCAUACUUUGCGUUGGAGGCUUGUGGAAUAUCCUUCACGUCCCUGUCUGUCGAUACCAGCUGGGUGGCCCUCUACUACGACCUACACCGUCGUCACCAAGCCUGUCGCCGACCUUAAAAGAUAGAACGAGCUUCAAUCUCCGCUUCUCGACGGCCGGAACGGAGACCGAACACUCGUCUAUCAGCCUGACUUGGCGGCGCUGGGUUCGCACGCGGAGCACACAAUAUAGUCGAGAUGAUCUUGAGCCUGGUCCCGCCGCCCAGAAAACAGCGACGCGCGAGGCGUCUCCGGACCUCACGCUGCGAGAACAGCCCGGCGAGGAGGAGGAGGAGGAGGAGGAGAAGGCGAAGGACAUGGGCGGCUCGCGCGCCGUGAGCAGUCACGACGAGAAGAGGAGCAGCAGCGGAGUGAAGCAAAAGGGCGACGAUAAGUGGCACGAGAAUGGGUCCGAGGAAACAGUUCGGCCCGCCACCGCCACCGGGACCGAGGACGCCGGGAAGUAAUUUCUGGUUGGGUUUGUAUUGUACUGCGUACGUGGGAUAGCAUAGCGUUGGCGCAUGGCGUGAGAGAGGUUUUUGGAUACCCUAGGAGUCCCUACAAGGUAAUGCGAUGAAAUAAAAAAGAAACGGAUGGUAAUAAUUGAUUGGUGUGGGCAGUCACAUACCGCGGGGUGCAACAACAGCUUGGUGAUGUCCGAGGCAGAGAUGUGCUCGAGGCAAACGAGGGGCAAGCCUCGAAUCCAAUUCAUCUGCUCAUCUCCCAAGAGUGCCAAUGGCCCGUUCUAUUUUUUGCAGCAUGCUCCCGGACAGCUUUCCCACAAUGUAACGUCCGUUUCCGUCGGGUGAGAGUUAUCGGCCCUAGCAAGCUUGCAGAUGAUGCAUCGCCGAAUUCCAGUCAAACACAGUUGAUCAUAGGCCGACCAAUUGAGGUAAGAGGUGCAGCAAACGGUUCAAUGUGUUUGCCCGCCGCCAAAAACAGCCCUAGCGGUUGUAUUUUCGGUUUGUCGCACUUGAGCUUACGGGAACGUAAGUACUGUACCUCAGAUUUUACCCGGAUCGGAAAUGGCAGCCGCGAUUGCUGAGAGUGGACCUGCGUAGCGCCGGCACAAGAGUUGUGUCCAAUGCUUACUCCGUACUACUUUGUAAGACGACCGGC